AUGGGUAGCACCCUGAGUUCGCCUCAGCCCGCGCCACCACCCCGGGUCCGGGGACGCCUGAACCCUCAGCUACAGCUGACCUCGGCUCCAGCUCUGGACCAUGUUCAGCAUGGCCACAGUGAUAGCUGUGUCCGGAGCGGGCCGGUUCCCAAGAUGCUGCUGGCCUGGAAUUUCACCAAGCCAGGGAAGGAAGGCGCUUGGGGGCGCUUCUCUACCCCAGAGACCCUGAUGGGGCCGGAUCUUUCCAGCGCUUGGGAGAAUUACUUGAAGCGGCAGCUCUGGAAUGCCCGGAACCCAAGACGGACCUGGAGCCCAGUGACCAUCAAGAUCGCUGCUCCUCAGCGCAGGGACAGCCCACUGGCAUCCCAGGGACAGGGAGGCCCCUCUGCUGGGCGCAGACUCUCUGAAGAGCGCCUAGACCCCUGCUCCAGGGAGAACGUGCUGAGAGCGCUCAGCGAGUGUAAGAAAGGGAGCAGGAGGUUUGAUGGACCACUGUGGUUUGAAAUCCCAGAGAUCAAGAGCAGGAGGCAGAACCCAGAGCCCAGGCCAUCUGCCUUCAAGCCUCGAAUAAAAAAUGGAGUGGUGCCUGCCUUUGUGCCAAGACCUGGGCCUCUGACUCCAAGUAUCUACACCUGGAGCGUUAGCCUCUGUGAUGUGGAGACUGACUACCCAGCCUACGUGGAGCCUUCCUUGUCUGCCCCCCAGCCUGGCCAAGGGGCCACAACCAUGCAGGGCACUGAGUCUCGCCUGGAGAGCUGGGAGAAGAUACGGCCUUCCUGUGGCCUUCACAGGCCUCCUGAGCAUCAGAGAGGUGCCUGUAGAGUCCCAAUCAUCCCUGAGGGCACCCAGUCUGCUGGUCCUUUUGGCUUCUGA